AUGAGCCUUCCAAGCUCGAGACCCGGGUUCGACUCCCGGAUGGUGCACUACUCACCAUCGGUGGUUCACGACUCACCAACCUUGAGGGGCACUGACAUGCUCAGGGAGGUUAUAUAUUUUAGUUGUACUAGGGAUUUCGAAAAUAAUGUAUGA